AUGAAGGGAUACCUCCUGACGGCGCCGAAGGUUCUCCGCUCCAACUCCACCGAGCUGAUCUGCCUCUCCCUCUUCAACUUGGAAGGGCCGGGGAAUGCCAAGCUCACUCUGACGGGGGAAGGAGAGGAUGCAUUCGCGGCCACCCUCGACCAUUCAUUCACCAAAGCUCUUUCCUAUUGCCGUACAUGCAACACCAUGCAUUCUCAUUCUCAUGGAUUGGCAUGGGAUCCCGCAGGGAGCAAGGAAUGCGUGGACUUUCCCGUGCCUAACGUGCCGGAGCAGAGGGGGAGGUUGCACCUCCAACUCACCCUGGAUGGCGUGCCGGACUACGUUGGGAACGAGAGCGAGUUGGUGAACAUCAGGGAAUACCAGAACCUCCUCUUUGUUCAAACGGACAAGUCUCUUUAUCUUCCCGGGCAGGACGUCCGGUUCAGGAUCCUCGUGCUCGACGCUGCCCUCAAGCCUCUUGACGACCAGGUGAGGGAAGUCUGGGUGGAGGAUCCGUCGGGGAUCCGAAUAGCGCAAUGGACCGAACCGUCUUCCACAGCCGGCUUCAUCCAGCUUCAAUUCCAACUCGCCCAGGAGCCGCCGUUGGGGAACUGGAGAAUCAAGGUGGACGCGAAGGGGAGGAAACGCGAGGAGGAGAAACAAUUCGAGGUUUCCGAAUACGUCCUCCCCAAGUACUCAGUGGACAUCCAGGCACCGAAAGUCUUUCUUGGAGAUGCAUCCACCUUGGACCUUAACAUCUGCGCAAGGUUCACCCAUGGGGGAGCAGUGGAGGGUGAGCUGAUCCUCAGGGUCGAACCGAAGAUAUACGUGUUGGACUACCUCAGAGACAAUUACCCCGGGUUCGUGAAGGGGUUCGGCAUCGAUAUGGACAAAUACACUGCUGUCUUUCAGCUCCAAGAUGUCGAAUGGGUCUCUGUUCAUCAUGCCUUAUCCUCACCGUUCGAUUCCAUUCGGUUCUUCAUCGGCCGCUUCAACUCCUCCUCGCAGAUGAAAGACUGCCACAAGGCAAGCAUCCCGGCGGAGGUCCUGGGCAUGGACGAUCGGGAGCUGGCUCCCUCGUCUGUCAACAUCACGGCCACCGUGAAGGAGAAGGGGACGGGUGUCCAGUUCACGGAAACCUUGAUCCUCAACGUUGAAAGGAAUCCCUUGGAUAUCGACUUGGAGGUCUCCCCAACGCAUUUCAAGCCAGGUUUUGUGUACAAUGGCCUGGUUAAAGUGAAGGACAGGUCCGGGGCACCAGAAAAGGGUCAAAUGAUCCAGAUCUGCAAGGAUCCUUACGGGUCUUCGGAUGGGAACAAGGGGAAAUGUCGGAAUUUCACGACGGAUUCUCAGGGCCUCGUCCGAUUCCAGGUUCCUCCGCAGGUCCACGACGUGCACUCCAUCAGUUUCGAGGUUUCAGCACCCGGGAGGCAGAAGAACUACCCCAAAAACCACGACGAAGUGAAGUACCCGUGGCAGAAGCAAAUCGAUUCGUACAACGCGUACAGGUCGGUGAACGGCUGGUUCUCCCCCUCGGGAAGCUACAUCCAGAUACUCCGCAGUUCAACGAAGGGGGAGGUGGAGACGGUGGAGGGUUGCGAGGGUCUCCUCAAACUGCAGCUCCUCUACUCAAACUCGACGCCCGACGUCCUCCAUUAUCAGGUAAUGGCCCGAGGGGACAUCCUUGCCUCCGCCGCCUUUGAUCACGGCUCAGAAGGGGAAGUGGAGGAACUUGGAGACCCAGAGCUCCUCCUCUAUAAAUCCGAUAAGGAGACGCCAGAUCCUGGGCUCUUGAGCAAGGCCACCGUCGAGAUCCCGGUGACUCCCGAGAUGGCACCCGAGAGUAAACUGGUGGUCUUUUACAUUAGAUCCGACGGAGAGGUGGUGUCCGAUCACCUCACCUUCAGAGUGAACCGAUGUCUCCCCAACAAGGUGGAACUGGAAUGGAGUGAAAAGGAAGUGGGGCCUGGAUCUAAGGUAGGGCUGAAGGUGAAGGCCGAGCCGGAGUCAGUUUGUGGGUUGAGAGUGGUGGACAAGAGCGUGGACCUCCUCAAACCGGGGGAUCAGCUGAAUUUGGACAAAGUGUUUCAGGCUUUGGAGCGCUUCCAGAUUUAUGACUAUGAGUCACCUACCCAGAGCACGGACUACAACUUCUGUCUCAGUCAUCAGCCCUCAAAAAAUAUCUCUCAAGGCGAUUCAGAGACCUUCGGUGGCUACGACUCCCGCAGUCAUGCUCUCACAUCCUUUGAUCGUUCGGGUCUAGUGGUGCUGUCCGACCUGAGCGUCUAUACCCUUCCCUGCCGAGUGCCUGUGUUCCAUCACACUCAGGCAUUUCGCCCUGUAAACGCACCAGGACUUUUAACGACUACAGUAUCACUCUCGCAACCCGAUGCUUUGGCCGACCAAAAGGAGACAAUUGUUGGAGCUCCGAUCGAACCGACUAACGACGAUUUUCUUCCCGUUGAGGUUCGCGACUAUUUGCCAGAGACUUGGCUUUGGUCUCUGGAGAACGUCGGGGAAAAAGGGGAGUUGAAAUUAGAGGAUCUGGAAGUGCCGGACACCAUCACGGAGUGGGUGGGGUCAGCGGUGUGCAGCUCCCCACAGGCAGGACUGGGCUUGUCCUCCCCUCAAUCCCUCAUUGCCUCCCAGCCCUUCUUCCUCGACCUCACUCUACCCUAUUCGAUCAAGAGGGGGGAGAUCCUUCCCCUCCCUAUCUCCAUAUUUAACUACAAGGCACAUCCGUUGCCUAUUCGAGUUGAGCUGGAAGAAUCAGAGUCUUUUAAGGUAGAUGGAGACAAAAUGAAGAGCCUUUGCUUAGCAGAGCAGGGAAAUGAGGUGGUGACGUUCGACCUAGACUUCCUGGAACUCGGAGAAGUGAACAUCACUGUUGUGGUUCGGGUCGACCCUACCUUCCCCGAUGUCUGCGGUCUCUCGUCCACUGCGGAGUGCACCCCGUUAAUAAGUGACGGUAUCGUGAAGCCGAUACGAGUAGAACCUGAAGGGUUCCCGGUGGAAGAGACGAAGAACUGGUAUCUGUGCAAGGGAGAUGAAGAGGUGAAUGUGCUUCACUCGCUGAUCCUGCCGGAGGACGUUGUGCCGGAUUCUGCUCGAGCGUGGGUCACCGCCUCUGGCGACCUCCUCGGACCCUCGCUUCAGGGAAUAAAGUCGCUUGUGAGGUUGCCGACGGGCUGCGGGGAACAGAACAUGGUCGCUCUGGCUCCGAAUAUCUUCCUCCUCCAAUAUUUCAACGCCACGGAUCAACUCAAGCCAGAACUGAAGGCGGAGCUCACCCACAAUAUGGAGAUCGGACUGGACGAUACCGAAGGUGAAGAAGGCUCAGAGACAGGGUUGUCUGCUUACGUCCUCAUCUCUCUUCUGGAAUCGGGUGCCGCCGUGGAUGAUGAAGUGAUCCAGAGUGCCCUGCAAUGCCUGAGGGGUAACCAGAAUCCCUCGACCUACACCCUGGCCCUCACCACGUAUGCCUUUAUCUUGGCGGGGGAAACCGAACUCGGUGGGAUAUAUAUGGACAUGCUUCUCAAAAAGGCCACCGAGAACGAUGGUUUUCUUUUUUGGCUCGCCUCUCCUGGUGAGCCGUCAGACGCAGUGGACAUAGAGAUCACAUCGUACGGAAUCCUCUCACUGGUGAAGUUGGAUCGAGAAGGCGAUUCCACCAGAGCCCUUUCAGCGGUCCGUUGGGUUGCCUCCAAGAGGAAUUCAAAUGGGGGUUUCACUUCCACUCAGGUCUUCCCAGUCUCCAUUUUCCCUCCACUCGGAAGGACAGCCAUUUCUCAACGCCUGGAUACGGUGAUGGCUUUGCAGGCCUUGGCGCGAUACGCGACUCACGUGGGACUGGGAGACGUGGACAUGAACAUCCAACUCUCCUCCCGUGACUGGGAGCACACCUUCCAUCUCACAGAUGAGAAUCGUCUUGUCCAACAGAUGACCCCCGUCCCCUCUGUUCCCUCUGAAUUCCAGAUCUCUUCGUCAGGGAGCGGUUGUGCCCUCGUCCAAGCAACGCUGAGGUACUCGGUGUUUGGUGAACCCAAGAAGCGGGGAAUGGGACUUAUCGUAGCAGAUACAUCUGAUGAUGCACUGAAAUGCGAUAAACGGGUGAUCCAAGCCUGUGUCAUGUAUUCCGGACCAGCCAACACUUCCAACAUGGCUCUUCUCCAAGUCUCCAUGGUAUCAGGCUUCAAGCCAGAAGAAAACGCCCUUCAGGACCUUAUCUCUCAGUCCCGAGGAAUGAUGAAGCGCUUGGAGGUGAAUAAGGAGACUGGGGAGCUGGCCGUAUAUUUCGACCACUUGGACAAGGAGGGUUUUUGCCUUGAUAUCCCGAUCGUUCGUAGUGUUACUGUGAAGAAUUCCAAGCCGGCCCUCGUCAAGCUUUUGGACUAUUAUGCUCCCGAGAUCCAAGACACCGAGGUGGGUCAUGUUGGGUUGUUUUGGCUUCCACUUGAAUUCAUCGAAUAG